CCCUCCUCCCCCUCCUCCGCCCCUCAGCCGGCCUCAAACAAGUCUUCCACCGCGCCCCCGGCGUCAUCCCGUCCGUCAGCAGUCUACAGUCGAAGUGUCAGGCGGCUGGCAUAAGCCUGCAAGGCAUCGUCCUCGCCGCCUGGGGCACUGUCAUCCGUUCACUAACAGGAUCCCAAGAGCCCGUGGUGGGCGUCUACCACACGGGCCGCUCGGCCGCGUUCGAGGGCGUAGAUGUCCUCGCGGGGCCGACUGUGAACGUGUUGCCGAUGCGGAUUCCGGCUGGGGACGGCGUGCGGACGGUUGACGUCGCGCGGGAACUGCAGGUCGAGAUGGGGAGGCGGACGCGGUGGGAGCAGACGAGGGUGCGGGAUAUUGUUGCUUGGACGCAAGGCGAGGAGGGGAGGGAGGGGCCGAUUUUCAAUGCGUGGGUGAACUUGCUCUGGCAUGGAGACAAGAUUCGUACGCUCCGCAAGGGGAGCGCGGCGUUGUUGGAGAGUUACUCUGUGGGUCCGCCUACGGACUUUGUGAGUGCUGAGCCGUUCGAGGGGAAGACGGCCGUGGACGGGCUCGACACGUCUUUCCUGCCCGAGUACGGCUUCUUCGCGGACAUCGUGCUGAACAGCGAGACGGACAGCAUCGGGCUCGCGAUGCGCGCGCAUGAGGCGUUGUUGGAUGGGGGUGAUUUGGAGGGGGUUGUGAGGGUGUUUAGGGAGGGGGUUGAGAGGGCUGUUGCGGAGCUGUAG